AUGUUGACCUUAAUCUUUGUAAUGGAAACAAUGAUUAAAGAUUUUUCGAACAUUGAUGGUAAAGAAGAACAACAAAAAGAAAUCAAAAAUGUUGACUUGUCAGCACCUAUAGUUGAUGAAAUAAGUAUUUAUGAUAUACACACCAAAUCUCAGCGUAAAGUUAUCUUAUUUUGGAUAUCAGUUGCGGUUUUACUUUUGCCCCUUGCCGACACUAUAUAUUUACCAGCAAUGAAUAAUAUUAUACAAGAAUUGAAAACAAAUGAGGAAUUGGUUACUCUUAGUGUGUCUAUUUUUCUUUUAUUUAACGGUAUUAGUAGUCUUAUAUGGGGUGUCAUUUCUGAUCGAUAUGGUCGAAACUUGACAAUUCGAAUUGGUUUAGGAUUAUUUAUUAUAUUUCUGAUUUUUUGUGUUUAUGCACCAAGCAUAAAACACUUGCUUAUAUUCCGUGCAUUACAAGGCGCUAUGAUAUCCGCCACAAUGGUUGUUGGACAAGGUGUAAUAGCCGAUAUUUAUUCUCCUGAUGAACGUGGAUGGGCUACCAUUGAUGUUCAUAUAUUCGAUAAUCAAACAUGCAAUAUUCAAACAACUCGCGAAAGCUUUUGGUCUGAGAAUAAUCAAAGUGCUCCUUCUGACUACAUAACAUGUGAACAGAGACAAGGUAUUUUUUUUGUACCAGUUUUAUUAGGAGUCAUAUUGGGACCUCCAAUUGGUGGUGUACUAUCCUAUUUACACGGCUGGAGAAGUACGUUUGUUUUCCUCGCUAUAUUUUCAACUGUUAUACUAGUAGUUUAUGUGUUAAUUAUUCCGGAAACCCAUCAGUAUAAAGUUCUUGUAAAAUACUCGGAGAAGAAAAUAAUUGAAAGUAACGAUAUUUCAGAACCAAAACUGGUUAAACCAUGGUUACCAUUCAUUCAUUUAACUGAUUUAACAAUUCUGCCGUAUAUAAUAUCUACAACCGUAGCAUUUGCGUGCAUGAUUAUUAAUCAAAUUUUGUUAGCGACUUUAUUAACCAGAAAUCCUUAUUUUUUCGAUGAAAUAGAAAUUAGUAUAUCUUAUAUUCCAGUGAGCAUAGCUGAGGUUAUUGGGUGCCUCCUUGGAGGAGGAUUAUCUGACAAAGCAAAUAAGUACUAUACAAACAAUAUACCAGAAGGUCGACUAGUACCGGGACUUGUAGGUCUUGUUUUGAUUCCAAUUGGACUGGCAAUGUAUGGCUGGGGAUAUAUUAUAAAUUAA